AUGUCAACACGCCCUUCGACAACCACAUCUGACCUUACUCUAGAGCAUGCCUUUUCAUUGCAACUCGUACAUGCCCUUCUGAUAAACAGUAAACUCGUUGUUCUAGCGAAUGCAUUUCAAGCUAACACGCCGACAUCGCAAUUUCAAUAG